AUGGCAUCUUCAAGCUCCCAACCGCCCAUGCGGCCCAUAGACCCCCAACCGAUGCCAUCGCCAUCUAAUGCUCCGUACUUCCCGCCUCCUCCGCCAGGGCCAGGUCAGGGCCUUGGCUUGCAACUCGGACCAGACUCCCAGAUACCAGAUCACCCCGGAAGCACAACGCCCGCUCCCGUACCGCUGGACAUUCGCAACGUAAAAGCCAGCGCGCGGUUUCACCUCCGUGAGUUCCUACGUGCCCGGAGCCAGCUGCAACAAGGUGGCGGCGCAGCGAGAUUCGAGCUCGAAUCCCGUCUGAGGAGCCAGGUUGGCAUGGCACUGGGCGACCUGAGCACCUUACAAGCCGAAGUGAGAGCUCUUGCUCAAGCUGCUGAGAAUCAUCGGUGGAGAAGAUUCCUCGUGGGAGGCGCAAUCGCGGCAUUCAUCCCCGCUGUCCGCAAAAUCUUCCGCCGCAAUUCGGACGAAGAAUCACGGCUUUCGUCCAACGACACCGAGUACGCUUUUCGCAAAUCCAAGGGCCUACUGUCCGGGAUGAAGAGUGCCAUUCUGGGCGGAGGCAUGCUUGCAAAGGUGGCGUUUUUCGUCUUUGCCAUCUUGUAUGUGUUUCAGAAUGAAGUGACCAUCAGAGUGGCCAAGACAUUGAACAAGAGGUUGAGGAAGUUGACCGAGAGGAUCGAAGGGGGAGAUGCCGACCUCGACGAAAGUGAUUUGAGGAUGUUUGACGGAUGGCGAUGGAGGGUGCUGUUGUGGUGA